AUGGUAAGCCAAUGGGAAAUUAUCCAUUUUCUAGAGAAUUGGGGUUGUUCUACUCACGUAACACAAUUAGGAUCCCAUUAUCGCAAUCGAUAUCUCAGAGAAACUCAAGGGAAUACAAAAAGCUCUCAACUUUCUUCGAUUUCUGAGGGAACUCUCUCUUUAAUCUCUAAAUCCACCAUGUCAAACCCAGCUGAAUCUUCAGACUCGAAAUCGAAGAAAGAUUUCAGUACUGCAAUUCUGGAGAGGAAGAAGUCUCCGAACCGACUUGUCGUCGAUGAGGCCAUCAACGAUGAUAACUCCGUCGUUUCCCUCCACCCUGCCACCAUGGAGAAGCUCCAGCUCUUCCGUGGUGAUACCAUUCUCAUCAAGGGUAAGAAAAGGAAGGACACUGUCUGCAUUGCUCUUGCUGAUGAAUCAUGUGAGGAGCCAAAGAUCAGAAUGAACAAAGUAGUCAGAUCUAACUUGAGGGUUAGACUGGGAGAUGUCAUCUCUGUUCACCAGUGCCCAGAUGUCAAGUACGGAAAGCGUGUGCACAUCUUGCCAGUUGAUGACACCGUUGAAGGGGUGACUGGAAACCUCUUUGACGCUUACCUGAAACCUUACUUCCUGGAGGCAUACCGCCCGGUGAGGAAGGGUGAUCUGUUCCUAGUCAGGGGAGGAAUGAGGAGUGUGGAGUUCAAAGUUAUAGAGACUGAUCCUGCUGAGUACUGUGUGGUUGCACCAGACACUGAGAUUUUCUGCGAGGGUGAGCCAGUGAAGAGAGAGGAUGAGGAAAGGCUAGAUGAAGUGGGCUAUGAUGAUGUUGGUGGUGUCAGGAAACAGAUGGCUCAGAUUAGGGAACUCGUUGAACUUCCCUUGAGGCAUCCGCAACUAUUCAAGUCCAUUGGUGUUAAGCCGCCAAAGGGAAUUCUGCUUUACGGACCACCUGGGUCUGGAAAGACCUUGAUUGCUCGUGCUGUGGCUAAUGAAACCGGUGCCUUUUUUUUCUGUAUCAAUGGGCCCGAGAUCAUGUCCAAACUGGCUGGUGAGAGUGAGAGCAACCUCAGGAAAGCAUUUGAGGAGGCUGAGAAAAACGCUCCGUCGAUCAUUUUCAUUGAUGAGAUUGACUCUAUUGCUCCGAAAAGAGAGAAGACAAACGGAGAGGUUGAGAGGAGGAUUGUGUCUCAGCUCCUUACGCUCAUGGAUGGACUGAAGUCGCGUGCUCAUGUUAUCGUCAUGGGAGCAACCAAUCGCCCCAACAGUAUCGACCCAGCUUUGAGAAGGUUUGGAAGAUUUGAUAGGGAGAUCGAUAUUGGGGUUCCUGACGAGAUUGGACGUCUUGAAGUGCUCAGGAUCCACACAAAGAACAUGAAGCUUGCUGAAGAUGUGGAUCUCGAAAGGAUCUCAAAGGACACACACGGUUACGUCGGUGCUGAUCUUGCUGCUCUGUGCACAGAAGCUGCCCUGCAAUGUAUCAGGGAGAAGAUGGAUGUGAUUGAUCUGGAAGACGACUCCAUUGAUGCUGAAAUCCUCAAUUCCAUGGCAGUGACUAAUGAACACUUCCACACUGCUCUCGGGAACAGCAACCCAUCUGCGCUUCGUGAAACCGUGAGUAUUGACAGUGCUCAGCUUAGAAUGAGAUCAAAGCUUGUUGUGGAGGUUCCCAAUGUCUCUUGGAAUGAUAUUGGAGGUCUUGAGAAUGUCAAGAGAGAGCUCCAGGAGACUGUUCAAUACCCAGUGGAGCACCCAGAGAAGUUCGAGAAAUUCGGGAUGUCACCAUCAAAGGGAGUCCUUUUCUACGGUCCUCCUGGAUGCGGGAAAACCCUUUUGGCCAAAGCUAUUGCCAACGAGUGCCAAGCUAACUUCAUCAGUGUCAAGGGUCCCGAGCUUCUGACCAUGUGGUUUGGAGAAAGUGAAGCAAACGUCCGUGAGAUCUUCGACAAGGCACGUCAAUCCGCUCCAUGUGUUCUCUUCUUUGAUGAGCUCGACUCCAUAGCGACUCAGAGAGGAGGCGGAAGCGGAGGCGAUGGAGGCGGUGCUGCUGAUAGGGUCUUGAACCAGCUUCUGACUGAGAUGGAUGGAAUGAACGCUAAGAAAACCGUCUUCAUCAUCGGAGCAACGAACAGACCUGACAUUAUCGAUUCGGCUCUUCUCCGUCCUGGAAGGCUUGACCAGCUCAUUUACAUCCCGCUACCAGAUGAGGAUUCCCGUCUCAACAUCUUCAAGGCCGCCUUGAGGAAGUCUCCGAUUGCUAAAGAUGUAGACAUCAGCGCACUUGCUAAAUACACGCAGGGUUUCAGUGGAGCUGAUAUCACUGAGAUUUGCCAGAGGGCUUGCAAGUACGCCAUCAGAGAGAACAUCGAGAAGGACAUUGAGAAGGAGAAGAGGAGGAGCGAGAACCCAGAGGCAAUGGAGGAAGAUGGAGUUGAUGAAGUAUCAGAGAUCAAAGCUGCACACUUUGAGGAGUCGAUGAAGUAUGCGCGCAGGAGUGUGAGUGAUGCAGACAUCAGGAAAUACCAAGCCUUUGCUCAGACGCUUCAGCAGUCUCGAGGGUUCGGUUCUGAGUUCAGGUUCGAGACUUCUGCUGGUUCAGGUGCAACCACUGGAGUCGCUGAUCCUUUUGCCACGUCUGGAGCUGCUGCUGCCGACGAUGAUGAUCUCUACAAUUAG